GGAAGAGGAGCCUUUGGUGUGGUCUGCAAGGCAAAAUGGCGAGCUAAAGAUGUAGCCAUUAAACAAAUAGAAAGUGAAUCUGAACGAAAAGCCUUCAUUGUAGAGCUUCGACAACUGUCACGAGUAAACCAUCCCAAUAUUGUCAAGUUAUAUGGAGCCUGUCUAAACCCAGUGUGUCUUGUUAUGGAAUAUGCUGAAGGAGGUUCUCUGUACAAUGUGCUGCAUGGUGCUGAACCUCUGCCUCAUUAUACUGCUGCACAUGCCAUGAGUUGGUGUUUACAGUGUUCCCAAGGAGUGGCCUAUCUCCACAGUAUGAAACCAAAGGCUCUAAUUCACAGAGACCUGAAACCACCAAAUUUGCUCUUGGUAGCUGGGGGGACAGUUCUAAAAAUCUGCGAUUUUGGUACAGCCUGUGAUAUUCAAACACACAUGACCAACAAUAAGGGAAGUGCUGCUUGGAUGGCACCUGAAGUUUUUGAAGGUAGCAAUUACAGUGAAAAAUGUGAUGUUUUCAGUUGGGGUAUUAUUCUCUGGGAGGUAAUCACCCGUAGGAAACCUUUUGAUGAGAUUGGUGGUCCAGCUUUCCGCAUAAUGUGGGCAGUUCAUAAUGGUACUCGGCCACCACUGAUCAAAAACUUACCUAAACCAAUUGAAAGUUUAAUGACCCGUUGUUGGUCCAAGGAUCCCUCGCAACGACCAUCCAUGGAGGAAAUUGUUAAAAUAAUGACACACUUGAUGCGGUACUUUCCAGGAGCCGACGAACCUCUGCAGUAUCCUUGCCAGUAUUCAGAUGAAGGCCAAAGCAACUCUGCCACUAGUACAGGUUCAUUCAUGGACAUCACUUCUACAAACACAAGUAACAAGAGUGAUGCUAACAUGGAACCAAGUGACUUCCAAGGAGCUUCUACCAAUGACACUAUUAAACGUUUAGAGUCAAAAUUGGCGCAGCAAAUGAAAAAUACAGCCAAGCAGCCGGGUGAUCCUGGCCGUUUGAGUUUACCCCCAUCUCGUGGGAGCAGUGUGGAGAGCUUAUCAGAUGUUCGCGCGCGACCACAAUCAGCCCUUGUUUCAGGAGAAGCCAAAAGGAUGAGUGCUGACAUGUCUGAAAUAGAAGCAAGAAUAGCUUCCAUCACAGCCUAUUCCAAGCCUAAACGAGGCCAUCGUAAAACUGCUUCAUUUGGCAACAUUCUGGAUGUCCCUGAGAUCAUCAUACCAGCUGGAAACGGACAGCAGAGGCGCAGAUCCAUUCAAGAUCUUAGUGUUGCUGGAACAGAGUCCACUCAGGAGAGUAGAAACAGCAGUAGAUCAUCUAGUCCUAGUGUGAGAAUGAUCACUACCUCGGGACCAACCUCUGAAAAGCCAGCUCGUAAUCCAUGGACGCCUGAUGAUGCAGCUGCUCUUGGAGAUAGCAUAGUCUUUGAGGGCAACACCUUAGUUUCUCUACCACGACUACUCUGUGGCAGGUGCUUUUGGGGUAUGGAGACCAAUGGGUCGGAUAACUCCAUCCCAAUGGCAUAUCUUACAUUAGAUCAUCAGUUACAGCCUCUAGCACCGUGCCCAAACUCCAAAGAAUCUAUGGCUGUGUUUGAACAGCACUGCAAAAUGGCACAAGAAUAUAUGAAAGUUCAGACAGAAAUUGCAUUGCUGUUGCAGAGGAAACAAGAACUAAUAGCAGAACUGGACCAGGAUGAAAAAGACCAGCAAAACACAUCACGUCUGGUACAGGAACAUAAAAAGCUGUUAGAUGAAAACAAAAGUCUCUCAACUUACUAUCAGCAAUGCAAAAAACAAUUAGAGGUCAUCAGAAAUCAGCAACAGAAACGGCCAGGCACAUCAUGAUUUCCUGGGACCUUUCAAAUGAAAAAUAUGCACAGAAAAGACUGAUAUUUUUUUUAUUGUUAUUAUUAUUCCUUAUUAUGAAAACUCAUGAGUGUUAGCUCCUUGGUGUGAUCUGUAUUUGUCUGCUGCACUUAACAUCGUUUAAUUUUCUUUUUCCUAUGGUGGACAUCCAGUUCAACAGGUUAAUCGAGUAAGGUGAGAAAACAGUGACUUGAAUUAACCAACAGCCCUCAGUUUAAAGGAAGAACAGUGGCUGUGUGCAUGCUCCUUUGUGUGAAGGCUAGCCUAACAAGUGUUAAAGUGGCUGCUAAACUGUAAGAUCCUGUUUUUAGUUUUUGGUGUUACCUCGAUAAGAGCAAAACAAAAACUUUCCCAUUUAAGAAUGGUUUUGUUCCAGUGUCUCAUCUCAGACUACUAAUAUGAUGAUUAUUUUCAGGACUUAAAACAUGUACCAAGCUGCAGAGGUGAUGCUGGCUGACCAGAGUAAUUCAUGGUGCGUUAGUGAUGCCUUUUACCCAUAGAAGUAGUGUAUUUUUUCCACAUGCAAAAAGGUAGGCAAACUGAUGCCAGCAUCCUUGGUUCAGUGCUUGAUAGCCCUGCAUUUUGACUAAUAUAUUUCUUGUAAUCUUGCAUUCAUAAAAUAUUUGAAGUAAAAGGCUGUAUUUUCUUUACUUUCUUGGGGGGAAUGACGUGGUUUCAUUUAGUUACUGGGCAUAAGUUGUGAAGGUGAUUCAAUGGGCAAAAUUGAUGCCUUGUAUAAAAGAGAGAAAGAAUCAAAAGUGUGUGAAAGUGUGUUUCAAACCUGUAAAGAUUUUGUCCUUGUAGCAUAUUUGGAAGGAAAUUCAGGAAGCAAAUUAAUACAAAACUUUAAAUACUUAC